GAAGUCUGGGAUGUGUGUACGGCUGUAACCAGUCAGUCCCAGAAAUGACAACAUGCCUGACACCGAGAUGGGGCGUGAAUGAUGGAGAAUCGAAUCUCUGUGGCUUUUGGAGAGGCCAGCGCCUUCUCCAGAGAUUUCUCUGCCCAAGAAAAGGACAGUUCUUCGACAGGACUGGACUUUGCUCUUCUUUACCUUGUAUCCCUUGACUGCAAUGAAGUCCAGUAACGAUUUUGUCAUCUGUAGACAGAGAUCUGAAGUGGGAGCCCCCAACAACAGGUCGUCUACAUACUGGAUCAGAAUCACCCCUCUGGAAUUUUCAGCUCAGCCAGACCGACUCAGAUUAAGUCUGAGGCCGGUAACAUCAACAGUGACGACAAACCCAGCCUUCCUCUCUCCUUCCACACUGAGUCCAAACCUACAGUCACUGGGUCCUGAUUGUGACAGUGGAGCCCAGUUUGCACUGCAGGAUCCAGAGAUGGCAUCAGUGAAGCUGGAAGACUGCAGUCAAACACUGGAGCUGAAUGUCAACAUUAAAGAUGAAGAAGAGGAGGAGAAGAUUGGGAAAUCUGUUUCUCGUGGACGACUAGAAUUAUGUCUGAGGCCGGUAACAUCAACAGUGAGGACAAACCCAGUCUGCCUCUCUCCUUCCACACUGAGUUCAAACCUACAGUCACUGGGUCCUGAUUAUGACAGUGGAGCCCAGUUUUCACUGCAGGAUCCAGAGAUGGCAUCAGUGAAGCUGGAAGACUGCAGUCAAACACUGGAGCUGAAUGUCAACAUUAAAGAUGAAGAAGAGGAGGAGAAGAUUGGGACAUCUGUUAGUCAUGGACGACUAGAAUUAAGUCUGAGGCCGGUAACAUCAAUAGUGAGGACAAACCCAGCCUGCCUCUCUCCUUCCACACUGAGUCCAAACCUACAGUCACUGGGUCCUGAUUGUGACAGUGGAGCCCAGUUUGCACUGCAGGAUCCAGAGAUGGCAUCAGUGAAGCUGGAAGACUGCAGUCAAACACUGGAGCUGAAUGUCAACAUUAAAGAUGAAGAAGAGGAGGAGAAGAUUGGGACAUCUGUUUCUCAUGACUUGGCCCAAUGGAGACCUGUCCAGUGAUGCCAUCUCUAGAUCCUGCAGUGCAACAAGUCUCCACUGUCAAUCAGGACCCAGUGACUGUAGGUUUAGAAUCUGUUUUGAAGGCAGUGCGAAAGGAGAGAGGCAGGCUGGGUUUGUCCUCACUGUUAACCUGUCAACUCUGUCUGAGAUCAACCUCCUCCCUUAUGCAGGCCACACCCCCUCCCAUUGUUACUGUGUGUAUGAUCACAUUUUGAACAAUGGCUUCCUAAAAUGCUGUGGUGUUUACUAACCCACUAGGAAAGGUUCUGGUAGAUGUGGACCAUCACAGGUGAGGUCACAGCUCUUUCACUCUAAACAUUCAUAUCAAUGACUCACCCUCAAAUGGACCAUCAAUACCAGAGUUCUCCAAUACUAUUUACAUAAUCAACUGGGCAUUACAACAGUCUGACCCUCAAUAUAGUCCUGGGUGUAUAUUGAGCUCUAACAAUGGGUCGUGGAAAAGGUCUGUGUUGUGGAAUGAUCAGAAUUAGUUGGGUAACAUAGAUAAGAUGUUUUAUUUUCAUGAUAUGCUUAUGAGUUAUUUCUCAUAAGAAUGUAUUUUGUUGUACUAUAGUGGUGGCCAUUGGCAGUUAUCUGUUCUAUGUCAGGACUAAGUUGCAUGGGCCGCAGAGAGGGGAGAGGUCAAGGGGUCAUCAUGUGUAAACAUAUCUUUUCUGUGUGCCAGUGACUCCCUACUUUUCUCAUCGGGGAAAGGAGGGUGACAGUGUCUGGAAUCAUUCUAUGCUCCCUCUUUGUUGACCUAUAGGGUCACUCUCCUCUCCGUGAGUUUGUCCUCUGAUUGGUUGUAUUUAGAAUUGGUUCUAAAUGACAAUUUGAUGUACAUCAUAGGGCGGGGGUAAUGUCUUGGUACAAUUUUGUACCAAGGACGAGAUAAGAGCUUUGUUUAGGAGACCAAACUGAACGAUCAUUUAUAGCCCACUCUGUCUGACGAGGGGAUACUCCUCUCUGAAGUAAAGUCUUUCUUUGUGUAAGUUCCUAAGACCUGUGUUUUGUCAUAUCGUCUAGGGGGGGUGGAUCUUUGCUAUAAAGGAUCCCAUUUGCCAUUAUGUAGAGCACUCAACUGUUCAGUAGAGAUACUGAAGUGUUGAAAGUCAAAAUGCUAUUGCAAAAGCUUAAUUAUUAUUAAAGGUGAAGAUUAAGCAUAACUCUGACUCGUGUGUGAUUUGCUCUCUCAUCAGUUGGUAAUUAAGGAAAUUUCCACGACAUCUGUUGAAAUGAAUACUGUAGUGGUGUAGAGAAAGGUAACACAAGCUUCCUCUCUGGUUCCAUUCCCCCAAUAGUAACUGGGUCAUUACUGGAUCGUGGUUGUAAUGCCGUCCCUGGACAUUUGCACCAUGAAAAGACUAAUAAUGCAUUACAAUACUAUGCUGACAUAUGGGAUGGUUUUAAGGUCGUACCAUGGAUUGUUUAGAUCAUUCAUUUAGUAUUUUAGGACAUUAGGUAUAAACAUGAUUAAAAAUUAUUUGAUAAAAUACAGAAUUUGUCCUUUACUACUAUAUCUACUAUAUCCCAUAGAAACACACUGAAUGAAACGUUCAUUAAAAUACUAAUGGUGAAAACUGAUCAACACGUCAUUAAUAUCUGAUACAUUUAGUAUUUUAUUAGGAUCCCCAGCAGCUACUCUUCCUGGGGUCAAACAGGAAACACUAAAAAAUAUAUAAUAUACAUACAAGCUCUACAUUUAUCAUUGAACAAAGGUAAUUUAGUAAUAUAAAAUAAUCCACCCAAACUAAUCACACCAUCUUUUCUGAUAUACACAGAGUACAAAACAUCAGAAACACCUUCCUAAUAUUGAGUUGCACCCCCCUUUGUCCUCAGAACAUCCCCAAUUCGUCACGGCAUAGACUGUCAAAGGUGUUGAGUGUUCCACAGGGACGCUGACCCAUGUUGACUCCAAUGCUUCACACAAUUAUGUCAAGUUGGCUGGGAGUGGAUCUCUACUCUGAAUAGCUCGUUUCAUCUCCUCCCACAGAUGCAUAAUUACAGUGAAUUCAGUGAGCUGUUCUUGGAACCAUUCAUGGACAAGCCUUGUGGCAUAAUCCUGCUGAAGAAAACAACUUGCAGAUGGAUAAACUGCUGCCAUGAAGGGAGGCACCUGAUUGGCAAUGAUGUUUAGAUAUCUUGUUGCAUUCAAAUGGUGCCCUGAAAACACACCCCACCACCAGCCUGCAAUGCUGACACACGGCAUGGAUGCAUGCAGUGGUGUAAAGUACUUAGUUUUUACCUAAGUCGUUUUUUGGGGGUAUCUGCACUUUACUAUUUAUAUUUGACAACUUUUACUUCCCAAAAAUUCCUCAAGAAAAUGUAUGUAAUGUAAUAUUUUUGACAAUUUUUACUUUUAUUUCACCAAAUUCCAACGCCCAAAUUGUACUUUUUACUCCAUACAUUUUCCCUGACACCCAAAAGUACUCAUUACAUUUUUUUAUGAUUAGCAUGACAGAAAAUAGUCCAAUUCAUGCACUUAUCAAGAUAACAUCCCUGGUCCUCCCCACGGCCUCUGAUCUGGCGCACUCACUAAACACAAAUGCUCCGUUUGUAAAUGGUGCUGGAGUGUGCCCCUGGCUAUCUGCAAUAUAAAAAAACAACACAAUUGUGUCGUCUGGUUCACUUAAAAAGCUCAAGGAUCGUACCCAUUUUUUUUGGUGACAUUUUCACCUAAAAUGACAUACGCAAAUCUAACUGCCUGUAGCUCAGCACCUGAAGCAAAUACAUGCAUAUUCUUGAGACAGUUUAAAAGGAAACAAUUUGAAGUUUGUGGAAAUGUGAAAUUAAUGUAGGAGAAUAACACAUUAGAUCUGGUAGAAGAUAAUACAAGCAAAAAAAACUGUGUUUUUUAUUUUCUAUCAUCUUUGAAAAGCAAGAGAAAGGCCAUACUUUCAGAAAGGAGUCUAGAUGUAAUUUAGAUGUUGGCCACCAGAUGGCAGCAGUGUGUGUGUGCACAGUUUGACUGAUGCAGUGAAGAAUUACAUUACUGGACUGUAUCAAGUCUGCCAGGAAUUUGCCCAAAUGUGCCGAAUUGGUCAUUUAAGUACAUAACUAUAGAGAACAUAUACAAAUGCUAUGGUAUUAAAUAAAUGAAGUUUACACACUCCCAGAAAUGUCAUACAUGACGGAUCAUUAGCUUAUACACUAACCUUCACACAUCUUGAUGGCUGGGUGGGGUGGGUGUGGAGCCAGAGACAGCAGGGGUUCAAAAUGUAGAACCCAGUUCCUACAGUUGAACAUGAAAAUGUAUUCUAUGCUACAUUUUAUCUGUGGGACCCUCAGGAUGACAUAUCAGAGCAAGAUUACUGAAUGUAAGUACAUUAUUUACCUUCAGAGGUGAAUAUAUCAAACCAGUUGCCGUGAUAAGUUAUUUUAUUGUCGUGCACUCUCCUCAAACAAUAGCAUGGUAUUUUUUUCACUGUAACAGCUACUGUUAAAUUGGUGACCGCAGUUAGAUUAACAAGAAUUUAAGCUUUCUGCCCAUAUAAGACAUGUCUAUGUCCCGGAAAGUUGGCUGUUGGAUUCAACGUCAUUCUAGUCACAUUAGCGCACGUUAGCAACAACCGUUCCGGUUUAGGGACACCCAGAGGUUAAUUUAAGGAAUUUGAAAUGAUUCAUACUUCUACUUUUGAUACAACCAAAUAAUUUCAACUUUUUACACAAGUAGUAUUUUACUUGGUGACUUUCACUUGAGUUACUCUUGCCACAUUACAAAUGGUAAGUCUUCUCUCCUUUAUGGUUAGCUUGGUGUCUUUUCAACUGGCCCAUUUGAGAGAAACUCUUUCCACAAUCAGAGCAGGAGUAAGGCUUCACUCCUGUAUGUAUACGUUCAUGUCUUUUUAAG